AUGAAGGCAUACUUUGUGGGUUCAAAUGAAGAAGAGUUAUUGUUGGUUCACCGCUAUAGUACUUAUACAUAUCAUUGUCGUGUGACAAGUGGAUUUAGAAUUUUCAAACUGAAUUAUGAUAAGCAUGAGUGGAUUGAGAAAAACGACUUAGGUGAUUUUGCUUUGUUUGUGGGUGAUAACUCUUCAAUAUCUGUCAUGGCUUCAAAAAUUCAAGGAUGUGAGUCGAAUUGCAUAUACUUCUACGCUGAUUGUGAUCGUGUGUUGGAUUUCUGGUCCGUCGAACACAUACUGAACAUAAAAAACCUCCGCAGACCUACCUCACUACGGCGCCACCGGAAAAACAAUGCUCAGCCUCCUCCGCCGGUCUUUCCCAAAGCUCCGGUUCAAACCCGGUUAUAUAUUCGGCUAUCCAGGCCCUAUUACGACCCGUCGCCAGUACGCCUUCUCCGUCGCCAGUACGCCUUCUCCACCGCCACCGGUCUCUAUGGCUUCGACCACUUAAAAACCCCCAAAGGCUUUCGACGUUUCGUCGACGAUGCUAUCGAAAGGUCCGGAGAGCUGGUUGCAUACAUUUCAGGGAUGCCUUCCUCAGCGGAAAUAAUAAGAGCCAUGGAUGAGAUUUCUAACACAGUCUGUUCUGUCAUUGACUCCGCGGAGCUUUGUAGACAAACUCAUCCUGACAGGGAAUUUGUUGAGGAGGCGAUCAAAGCUUCAAUAAGAGUUAAUGAAUAUCUACAUUAUCUAAAUACAAAUCAUACUUUAUAUAAUGCCGUGAUUAAAGCUGAGCAGGAGGGCAACUUGCUCACCAACGAAGCUCAUAGGGUCGCGCAUUACCUACACCUUGACUUUGAGAGGAGUGGGAUUCAUCUUUCUGCUGAGAAUGUAGAUAGAGUGAACCGGCUGAGUAUAGAAAUUUCCCAAUUGUGCAGACAGUUCAAUCAAAAUAUCGUCAAUGACCCGGGUACUGUGGACAUUUUCCCAGCGUCACAUAUGCCUCGAAAUUUGCACCAUCUUCUUAAGCCCAUCUAUCGUUCAACAUCUGUAGUUUCAAAGGACUCGUGGAGGCCCAGGGGUACCAUGAACGAGAAGGGGUUUCGUAUAACAACAGACCCACACACUCUAUCUUGUGUUCUGCAAGGGGCACCAAAUGAUGAGGUCCGGAAAAUGACAUAUAUCAAAGGAAAUUCUGUUCCUCAUGCAAACCUUGGUGUUCUUGAUCAACUUAUAGCUUCCUGCCAUGAGUUUGCUUAGGUUUCUCUAUCUCUCUCUCUCUCUGUGUGUAGUAUUAUAAGAUGUUGAGAAGGCUUUCCAAACCUGUGUGGAAUCAGGUUAAAGUUACUGCUCACAAGAACAUUUUCCCAUCUAGACUUGUAUGUCAUUUGAGGAGUUACUUUAAUGCAGAUCUCUUGUGAUCUUUUGUAGACAUCUAUAGUUUGUAGGAAUUGUCUGAUUUGAAACGUAGUGGAUAUGGAUUGAUGUAGGGUUUUUUUAAGCACAA